AUGAGCAACAACCCCGGCUGGCAACACCCCCGUUCAUACAUCUCCUCGGCUGGUUAUAGCAGUAGGCGAUCAUCCCGGAUGCCAGAGGGGUUCAGCCGGGAUACUUUUUCAGUAACCAGGGAUCGCUUGUCGUCCCUUCGUGACGCCUCCCGUAGCGGAUGGACAGCGGUGGAGGUCCUCGUUGACGCGAUCUAUAAAUCCGGGGUCCCGGGCCCUGUCCUUCUGACUGAUUAUGCCUAUAUUGGACAGGGUACUCAGUUUGUCGUGUCGCGGCAGUACAUGCAGACUUCCACUCCCAGAGCAGUCAUGCAAAUCCCUGUCGCUGUAAAACAACCCAAAUUCGAUAUAGGCUUCAAUACCCAAAUAAGUCUUGCCACCACGGGCACAUGGAAGCAUUUGCAUGAUUUCUAUCUGGAAAUUAUGUCACUGACCACGCCAUCGUUGAGUGUCCACCCGAACAUCGUCAAGCUACUUGCAUGGUCGAAAGGGGACUCAUUUCAUUGGCCUCCCCUCCUGGUAAUGGAACUUGCAGAAUGGGACUUGAAUACGUUCCUUACCGAACAGCCGCCGACACUAGCAGAGGCCUACCGGAUUUGCUGCGAUGUGGCUGCAGGUCUAGACGCUUUACAUGAGAUCGGGCUCGUUCAUGGGGACAUAAAGCCGGCGAAUAUCUUGAUCUUCCCAUCUGGCCACGGGCCCGUCGCGAAGCUUGCUGACUUUGCACUCUCUACUGAUGAGGUCGAGUUUGCAAAGAGCGGGAUUUGCCUGGGGGGGACUCCAGGCUGGCAGGCGCCAGAGGUGGAGGAAGGACGUGUUUUGACGAUCAAGGAGUUAGUGCCUACUGAUAGCUAUUCAUUUGGCUUGCUAGCAUGGAGCGUUCUUUUCCUAUCCGGUAAGAUCCCCCCUCGGGCAACAAUUGAGGAGUCGCAUGCCACGUUGGUGGUGAAAGAUGCCAGCAGGAACAGUGAAAUCCCGAAGAUUAGCCAGGUAUCAACGGCAGUGGGGUUUUUGUCUCAGCUUCUGGAGGUAGAUCCGAAGCUACGACCUCGUUUGCUAUGCGAAGGAUUUUCGUUCAACCGGCACAGGGGAGCCAGAAAAGUAGAAGAGCCCUCAGGUGGAAUAGACCCGGAUGACCCGCACGGACUAUUUGUUGAUCGUACAUUCAUGGAUCGUAACCUCGGUCAAAUUCAUGACUGGGAGCCACACCCUCUCUCCGUUGAAUUCGCCAAGGACAUCUAUGACAGGUUCCAGGAGAACAAGAGAUCAGUGCCAUUGCCAAUUUUAUUCCCUCUCUGUUUGGCACUCACCGUUCCAAGUCUACUGGAUAUUCAGGAUUCCGAUAGGCUCAGCUUAGCGGUUUCCGCUGCCUCUGCAGGACACGCCGCGGCCCAAGCUGCCCUCCCGGAUUUAUACCAGUAUUAUAAGAGAGAUCCUGGGCAGCGACAGAGUCAUAUUCUUACCCGAUGGCUGAAAAACGCAGUUUCUAAGGGCGUCAUCUCAGCGAGAGCCGCCCUUGGGGAGCGCGAUCCGAAGGCACUUGAUCGGUGUGUGCGGUACUUCCAUGACAAGGGCGGGUUCAAUGAGCUCUAUAGCCCACACGUGGACGAGGGAUUCUCCGCUCUUCAUUUUCUGGCUACCUAUCGGACAAUGUAUGAUCUCCGUGAAUAUUUCAAGCUUCACCCCCGAGAAGAUAUCGAGCAAAUGACGAGUCAAUUGGAGACACCACUCUAUCUGGCCUGCGCGCGAGGAUCCUGGGACAUCAUCGAGGAACUUCUGAAUCUUGGAGCCAGCGCCUCCCCACGGUGCACACCUUACCACAUUAGCUGCAUUCAUUGGACAUUUGCUCUUGGAGAGCAGUAUCAAGCGGUUGCCGUGAAGCGAUUAAUUGAUGCUGGCGGCGAUAUCAACUCCGUUGCCUCAAAACCAGUCCCGCUAUUUUACUAUCCGUUUCACCUUCCGGCGGCAACUGCUUUACAUUGGGCAGUAGUUACCUCCAGCUGCAAUGCAAUCAAAGUUCUUGUUCAAAAUGGGGCCGCAGAUGCUCUGAUUCGAGAUGGAUGCGAUCCGUAUAUCCAUGAUGAACGAGUUCGGUGCUUGAAUCAAUUUGGAGGUUCCAAUCUCGAGCAAUAUUCCUUUUCGAAAGUUAAAACUCAAGGCCUCUCCCCUCUGGACUACGCUGCUAUGCAGCAUGACCCUUAUAUUUUCGAGUUAUUGCUCUCUGUCAAGAGGAGGGUUGAUAUUAAUGCAGUGGAUGAAGAAGGGCUUAAUGUAUUCCACAGGCUUAGUCACUCCCAGACAUGGUACACCAGACGAGGACUCCCAUUCUCUUCUCGGCCCUUUUUAGGGAACGCAGGGCACAUGAGAGCCAAGCUAGGCCGCACCGUGAAAGCUAUAAAGGCACUGGGCGGAGACAUUGAUUUACUCUCUACUCCGAACCAGCACAAUGCGCAGGGAUUCGACUUCUCGUGUCCUUCUAUGACGCCUCUCAUGAUGUCUGUUUCUGCUGGAUUACCGGACGUAGUGGAGGCUCUUCUGGCAGCGGGAGCCGAUAUUCACAAGCAGAAUGAACAGGGGCGUACAGCGAUAAGCUUUGUCCCCUUCGUGGACGGAAAGAUGCAAAAUCAGGUGUAUGCAUGCGUUUCUGCUCUGCUGCAUCACGGAGCUGAUCCGGAUCAUCGAAGUAAUGACGGUCUUUCCGCAGUAUUCCACUACGCGAGCACGGGGUUCAUUCAUACUACUGAGCUCUUGCUCUCCAAAUGCAAGGAUAUUGACCAAAGGCAUCCGGUCUCCGGUCAAAGCAUCUUCGCUAAGCUUGCCCGGAUAGACAGUCCCUUUCGACAGGACAACGACGCUGCCUUGGCUCAGAUCCUAGCAGGUCAUCUAUUCAACCACACCGACAAAGGGGGACUGCGGUGGAUGAUAGAAGACGCAGGUCUCUAG